AUGCUCUUCGACACUGUGGUGCAACUGCUCCAGGACACUCUCUGCCUGGACCAUGGCUCGCUCGCAGGCUACUUCCAGCUCACGGCGCUGGAGAGCAUGGCGGCGGACGAGUCCGUGUCGGUGCGCAGGGCAGCCCUCGGGAGCCUGGCGCUGCUGCUGCGCACCUGCCCGCUGCGGCAGGUUUGCGAGCUGUGGGCGCGCGGCGUCCUUCCGCUGGUGAUGGACCGAGAGGCCUCCGUCGUGGAGAGGGCGCUGGACGAGCUGCGGGCGGCGGUGCUGGACGACGUGGCGGCGCGCGCCGAGGGCGGCGCCGAGGAGCAGCCGGCAUCUCUGCCACCAGUGUUGAGCCACAUGGACUCGGAGGCCAUGGAGUACCUGCAGCGAGGUUUGAGGCUGAUAGCUCUGCGCGACGGCGGCAAGCCGCCGCUGCGAUUGAUCAAGGCCCUGACCAGCAUCGUGCGAGAUUGCCUCAGGCGGCGGCCGGUGACGCAGUGGCCGUUGCCCGUCUGGUCGAUGCUGGAGGAGAGCUCGCGCACGUUGGGGGCUUCGACGUCAUCGACUUCCAGCUCGUCUUGGAUUCGUGGGCCCGGUGCUGCACGCCCGGGCGGCGCGCCGGGCGGCGCGGCAGUCUGGCAGGCCCCAGCGGGCUGCCCGGCUUCCCCGGCCCGGUGGGUUUGGCCGUCAGGGUGGCGAGCGUCCUCGAGCAGACCGUCGGCCAGGCGCCCGCAAAAGGAACGCCAGCUGGAGCUGAUGGAGAGCCUCUGCGCUGCCCUCUCGUCGCUCUCGGCGCCGCCCCCGAUCAUCAG